AUGAUGUAUUACAACGACGGAGGUAGUGAUGAUGUAAACACCUUCUCUGAUUCCAGUUCUGAAUUAGAGUCGGUGACCCCCAACCGAAUAAAUUCUCUCUUUACUAUGGCCAGUGCGAUUUCUACAAAAAUACAAAAUGCAGGACAAGUAUUACGUUCUCUCAUUCACCACGAGAGUGGACGCGCGUCUGAGUCGUUGCCGUUGGCGUCCUCAUUGCAAGAGGAUGGUAGCAGCGGUGUGUGUGGUGUGGAUCCAAAGACCGCCUUUGACGUUGAUUCCCAUCAUGAAUUUGUGUCCAUGGACACAUCAUUAUCGAAUGAUCUUACGAUAAAAGAUGAAUCUUCCAUUCUAAAGGAAUGUUCAAUAACAGUUCAAACAGUUCAACCCGAUAAGGGAUAUUUGCUUGUGUCCGAUAAGGGAUGGGAAAAUGGUGUUCCUCUAACUCCCCCCCAUACGUCUCAUCAUUCUUUUUCAUCAUACCUCACAAAGUCAUCAUUGCGGCGAUUAGAAGAAGAACUUUGCGAGCGAAUAGGAAAUAAUAACGAUAAGAACUCGGAAUCACAAGAUGGAUCAAGUUUCGCCGCCUGUGCGACAGACUCUUCCUUUUCUUGUGCUCAGUUUUCUACAGAAUUGAAUGCAUAUGCUAAAAAAAUAAUAGUUUAUAUUGAAAAUAUUCUCAUGUCUUUGAGUGAUGACAAUAAUAUGAUCUUUACUAGUAUAGAAAAAAAGGAAAUUGAGGACAUUACAGAUAGUAUUAAGAGAAUAGUGAAAGAUAUUUGCACAGCUUCAGAUGAUGUCCAGAAGGGUCUUGAUUCAUACAAUGCAGCACUAAAAAUGAUGACAGAGAAAACCAAAUUGUACGAGAAGCGCAUUGUUCAUAUGACGCAAGAAAAAGAAGCUGUCGCUGACUCAAGACGAGAAGCCGUAUUGGAAGUUUCAAAACAGCUUCAGAAGAAACGGACGGAGGUAAAGUCUCUUCUUCUACAGUCAGGCGUUCGUAAUGAUGAAUUGCAGAACACAUCACUCUAUCUUGAGUCAGGAAAAAAACUAAAGAGGGAUGUACAGUUUGAAGAGGAAGAAGCGAUCUGCGGUUUAAGCUCUGAUAGCAGAAUCUCUCCAACGUCUGAAGUUUUGCAGAAGAGUGACAGAAUGGAUGCUUGUUCUAUAAAUUCGUCGUUAACGAUGACAUGUGAUAAUGAUGUUGAGUCGAGAAGGCGUUGGAUUCUUGAUAAUGCCUUGGGAUAUUUUUUAAGAUGCAAAGAACCUUCGGUGCCAGAAUGCGUUUGUACUAUGAUUGCACGUAUGCAGCCACAUGAGAUGGCAAAUGAUGUGCUACGUUCUCGACGGCAGAUGUCUUGCCUUUUUACCCUUAUGAAUCGUUGUCCUGCUGCUACUAGUUUCUACUUGAUGCUCUUGGAUAAGCGAAUGGAGGCAAUAGAAAAUGUUUUGGAUAACCUGGAGAAAGAGUGCUUUACUAGGAAGAAGGAACUUUUCGAUCAUUAUUUCAACUAUUGA